UUUUUCCAAUUGGGCAACAACUUUUUGAUUUUUUCUUUAUUCGAUUUGAUGGAAAUUUUGCUCAAAUUCUUUGGAUUAAUUCAGAUGAUUUACUUGAAGAUUGUGCCUAUUUAUUUUCUUUGGAAUAUACUGGAAAAGCGGCCCUAUACAAAUGUAAUUCAAAUGUUGACAAGAAUACCUGUUGUGUUAUUUUCUGCACAUUUUCAAUGCUUCCUCCAACUAGCAGCCGUAAAUCAUUACCUCAAAGUGCUUUAAUCAUCUCUUCUCGGAAAAAUCUUUUUAAUUUAAAAUUUUUUUGUUUCGGUUCUCAUAUUGGGCACUCGAUCGGGUGCUUUAUUGGUAUUUUCCAUUAAACAACCAAACGGCAAACUUUUAUGUUCACUUGGAAAUGCACAUGGAACAGACACAGUGACAGCAAUUGAAAUCUGUGAAAAUAACAAGGCUGAGUUUCGUACUAUUGGAAGGGAUGGAAAUGUGAAGAAGUGGAGAUUGAAUUUUAACGAGGAGAUUGAUAAAGGCAAAUCUUCACUCGAAUUAAUUUCCUUUUUCAAAUUAAAUUUUGAAUGGCCUUGUGAAUUUAUAAAAAAUUAUAGAGGACGUUCACUAAUUGCUGGGUUUCAAAAUAAUUAUUUUGUUAUGUUUGAUGAAACUACAAAUUCUAUCAUCUGUCGUAAAUAUUUGGUGGGAGGGGGAAAACGUUUAUGGCAACUUUGGAAAGGAACAUUUUUGGAAAAUGAUGAACUUUGGUAUUUUUUA